AUGCCCACUGAUGUGUUUUUCGGACAUUGGGUUUGCUUGAUAGAGAAAGUAAGCAAUCGAGAUACAAAGGCCUUCGAAGUUACACCGAGUGGCAAGAAGUUUUACGGGUUAUACCAGAUUCCGAGCCGAUGGUGUCGGGAAGGAAAGAAAGGGGGAGACUGUAAUAUUGCCUGUGAAUCUUUGCUAGAUGAUGAUAUCCGAGAUGACACGGCGUGCGCGGUAAAGAUCUUUCAUCGCGAAGGCUUUAAAUACUGGACGCAGUGGUCUGCCCGUUGUAAGAACGACAAUUUCAUCACAAAAGAGAUUUAUAAAUGUCCAGACCUCCUAUCGCCCAGAACAAGUCCAGAACGAAUAAUGCACAGUGACACGCUGAGAGCGAGAAGACGGUUUGCAAGAAGCACUUUGCAGUCGCGAUAUAGUUUCUUCGGAUUACAAUGGUUGGAAUAA